CAGGAAGUCGCGGAUAUAAAAUUUCUCUACACAAAUGAGCGAGAGAAGCUUCAGCAAAAUCACAAACAUCCCGGAGUUUCACUUUAAUCCUCGGGGGGUUUAAACCGGGACUCGAUCUGAAGAGCUGCAGAUUUAAUUCAUCUGUAAUUCUACAGGUUACAGAGGCAGGACGGAGUCAGGAAGAUGGACCCGACGCUCGCUGAGAUGGGGAGUCACCUCUCCGAUGCCAUGAAGAUUUUAGAGAGUGGACAAACAGACCCGGAGCAGGACGGAGAGAAGCGGCAGCUGAGCUGGAGGGAAAUUCCGGGUCCUCUACAGGGCGAUGGACAGAGUUUUGGGAGCGUGCUGCAGCUGGUUCAGAACCUCAUGCACGAUGAAGAGGAGAAACACGGUCACCGUAGAAUGCAGUGUGUCGGUGAACAGGGUCACAUGGCGUUACUGGGUCACAGUCUGGCGGCGUACAUCUCCAUCCUGGAUAAAGAACGCGUGAGGAAGGUCACCACACGGAUCCUGUCGGACACCACGCUCUGGCUCUGCCGACUCUUCAGGUACGAGAAUGGCUCGGCGUACUACCACGAGGACGAGCGAGCCGGCCUGACCAGGGUGUGUCGGCUGGUCAUCAACAGCCGCUACGAGGAGUACGCCACCGAGGGGUACGCCGUCUUCGGCUCCAGAUCGCCGGUGCUGUACCUGAGCGCUGCGUGCAGGCCUGGACUCGGGGAACACCUCUGCACACAGUUGGGUCUGCCGCUGUCCAGCGUGUGCACCGUCCCGUGCAACACCAUGUUCGGCUCCCAGCACCAGAUGGACGUGGCGCUGCUGGACAAGCUGAUUAAAGAAGACGUGGAAGCGGGGAAGCUUCCUUUGCUUCUGGUCGCCAACGCAGGAACUCCGGGCGCGGGUCACACGGACAAACUGGCUCGACUGAGGGAGCUGUGCACCCAGUACAACGUCUGGCUCCACGUGGAGGGUGUGAACCUGGCGACCCUGGUGCUCGGUCACGUCUCCUCUGCAGUCCUGGCAGCCACUAAGAGUGACAGUAUGACGUUGACCCCUGGCCCGUGGCUCGGACUGCCGGCGGUUCCUGCAGUUACACUCUACAGACACGAGGACCCUGCACUGUCGUUAGCGGCGGGACUCACCUGUAGCCACGCGGUGGAGAAGCUCCGAGCUCUUCCUCUCUGGCUCUCACUGCAGUACCUGGGACACGACGGCAUCGUGGAGAAGAUCAAACAAUCCUCACAGCUCAGUCAGCAGCUUCUAUCCAGGUUGAAAACUUUAUCCUCCAUUAAAACCUCGGUCGAGGACGAGAUCAGCUCUCCGGUCGUCGUGUUCCGCUUCUCUCAGGAUACCAGUUCGGCGUCCAGCGGCGGUUCCGUAGAGGGGUGCGGUUCUGGAGACCGGGAGGUCCUGGACUCCUUCAACAGAUGGCUGGGCGAGCGGUUGGCGCGGGUGGUAGCUGCCAGCGGUGUGGAUGUGGUGGAGCUGGAGGACGAGGGCGCGUGCGUACGGUUCAGCCCCCUGAUGACGGCAGCGGCCCUCGGUACUCAGCAGGAGGACGUGACGGUGCUGGUGGAGAGGUUAUCAGAUCUAAUCCCCGUGUUGAGCUCCACUCUCAGGUUGCGGCAUGAUUUUCGGGAGGAGGUGCUGCAGUACUCGCCCCUCACCUACGUGGACGAUCCCACCUGGGCCGGUCUGGGAGCCGUCAGGUACGAGUCGAGGAGGGCGGAUCUGGGUGAGGAUAAGAGGGAGCAGGAGCUGAGGAAGAUCAACACCGAGCUGCUGAAGAAACUCAGGGAGCUCGACACCGAGCUGGACUUCUCCACAGGACCGGAGUUUGGUGAGGAACAGAGCUGCAUCUUUAUUGGAAUGGCAUCGGAGGACCUGGACGUGUCGGUGCUGGUGGAGACCAUCGCGUCGACAGGGAAAGAGAUCGAGGAGAGUGGACAGAUGUUGGAGAACCUGACGGAGGUGGUGAGGAAGGGAAUUCUGGAGGCCGAGAUUCAGCUUCUGAAAGCCAACGAGGACAAGCUGAUAGAGGAGGGGGUGCUGCGACAGAUUCCUCUGGUGGGUUCAGUACUGAACUGGUUCUCUCCCAUUCAGAGCUCGGUGAAGGGAAGAACGUUCGACCUGGCAGCAGGUUCUCUGGACAGCACCGAACCCAUUUACUCCAUGAAGGUCCAGAUGAGCAAAGAAUCCUCACCUGAAGCGGCCACGCCCGCCACCAGACGCCUCUCAGGACAAAAGCCGCUCCGGCGCCCGGCCGUGGGUUCGGACUCCUGCAGCGAGACCAGCUCCCUGUCUCACCUGGACGACUCCGCGAAGGACGCCGAGGUUCCAUCGGCUCGCCCGCCACCGGGGUCCGAGGCGCCCGUGGAGCUGAACGCCGAAGAACAGACCGCCGAUCAGAAGGUUCCUCAAAGCCAGGAGGAGUCCGACUCCAUCAGAUAGAAGCAUCCAGGGGGCGCUACACACACACACACUGUGAAUGCCUUGAUCACAUGACUCCAGGGCUGCGUUCCAAUACUGCUCUAAUGCACCUUCGUCCGCCCGCCCUCGCUCCUCCUCGGCUUUGUUCUCUCCCUCGUUCUCUCUCUCUUCACAUUUUGUUAUUUUGUCCGCACGACCAGGAUGGGCUUCACCCACAAUGCUUUGCUUCAUAAUUAUAGAUUAGGUAAGAGCUUAAAUGACGCUGACUUUAUAAGCGUCUCCUGUGCUUUAUAUGUGGAAGGUGGAAGUUUCUCCACUAGGGGGAGCUGUUGGCUGCUGCUCGCUACCUAACACGCAGAGUAAACCGAACCCCGAAGUUCCGCUCCCCGAUUUCCACCGUGUGAAGAACACAUACGCCAUGACAGACGUCAGGAGACACUUGGUCUUGUUCUGGAACCGUUGCGUUUAGAGCAGGAAGCGUUUUGGAGGUGCGCGGUUGAGGGAACGUGGAUGAAGGUGCAUUACAAGCGUAUUGGAACACAGGUGAGAAUAAGGUGCCACUAAUGAAGCGAAUGAAGAAUUUUAUUACCGUCCGUCCUUUUUUUUAUUACGUUCAUGUUGAGGCGGUUUGUCUCCUCCCUGUCACGCCCGUUCUUUAGCGUUUAGUUCACAUUAUACAGCACGGCUUUACACUUUAGAUAGCGGGUUAAACGUUAUAGUUUUUGUUCUUUUAUUAUGUAAACAUCGGUUGUUUACUAAAAGCGGGUAGUUCGGUGAAAAAUGAAAUGUAGGCGAUGUUCCCUGGGUCCCUUGGUCCAGCGGUUCACAGGUUCUCAACCCCUGAUGGAUCUGGGACCGACUGCUUGUGGAGCCAAAUCAUUGUUAACGACUCAAUACUUUACAAACGGUUAAUAACAUGCCGACCUGAUUGGCUGACGUCUGCCGGGUGGGCGGGCUGAAGGGAUUCCUCGUUGCUGCUGUGAAUAAUGGAGAGCAGUGCCUGACCCUGUACGUGAUACUGAUCCCUGUGUGAAGCCACCACAGGCAGGUGAAAAGAAGCGGUGUCAGGUACCUGAAGAAGGAAUUGGGGUGUAAUUGGGGUAAUUGGAAACGACGGUUUACACUGUAAACACUCCGGUACAUCCAUCAAUAUCAUCUAGAGCGAAGACCCAUGUCUGAUUCAUUUGGGAUUUUAUUCUAGAAAAUAUCCAGCGCACACGGGUAAUCUGGGUGUUUGUAUCGAAGGCCACAGGUAGACGUUUAUUUGUUUAAGCAUUUUGGCUAAUGGACCAGGAAUUAUUAAGGGAACAUUGUGUACAUUUCAUUUUACUUGAACUGAAUUCUAGAAGCAGCGCCCGUGUAGAAUGGUUUGUCUUUUACGUUGUGUGUGUUAUUGCCAAAAGAAGGGGUGGUUUGGAUUUUGGGUGAAGGAUUAAGAAAUAGUCACAUGAUGGGUGGUGAUGAUGGACCGGUGAUGAUGGGACCGGUGAUGAUGAUGGGUAUUGAUGAUGGGACCUGGGACCAGUGAUGAUGGGUGGUUGAUGAUGGGUGGUUGAUGAUGGGUGUUGAUGAUGGGUGGUUGAUGAUGGGUGGUUGAUGAUGGGUGGUGAUGAUGGGACUGGUGAUGAUGAUGGGUAUUGAUGAUGGGACCUGGGACCAGUGAUGAUGGGACUGGUGAUGAUGGGACCAGUGAUGAUGGGUGGUUGAUGAUGGGUGGUUGAUGAUGGGAGGUGAUGAUGGGACCAGUGAUGAUGGGUGGUGAUGAUGGGACCGGUGAUGAUGGGACCGGUGAUGAUGAUGGGACCAGUGAUGAUGGGUGGUUGAUGAUGGGAGGUGAUGAUGGGACCUGGGACCAGUGAUGAUGGGUGGUUGAUGAUGGGAGGUGAUGAUGGGACUGGUGAUGAUGGGUGGUGAUGAUGGGACCAGUGAUGAUGGGUGGUGAUGAUGGGACUGGUGAUGAUGGGACCAGUGAUGAUGGGUGGUGAUGAUGGGACUGGUGAUGAUGGGACCGGUGAUGAUGGGUGGUGAUGAUGGGACUGGUGAUGAUGGGACCGGUGAUGAUGGACCGGAAGCCUCGUUGCACUUUCUGUACAGAACGUUGGGAUUUAAUCACACUGAUCUUUAUUUAUCUUCGGUCUGCGGUUGUUUAUUUGCACUCUGACGGAGGAACGUGUGUUUAUGUUUGUCUCGUACGUUGAUGGGAAACGCGGCGUGUUGUAAUGUUUACUGUAAAACUGACCGACCGUCAGAGAUGAUAGAAUUUACACUGGGUUCACUGGGCCAUCAGGCCAAACCAUCGAGCCAUCGCUGGAUGAAGGUACCCAUCGAGAACGUCCUUCAACUCACCGUGACCGUACACAUACAGUAACCCGGGCAUAUUUCAACCAAAUCGCAUGUAUCUGUGUUUUAUUCCCCCUAAUAAUGAAUGUAAAUGAAUAAUUUAUUUUCAUGAUGUAAACGGUUCUUUUUUAAACAGCUAGACUCUCUUGGUUUGGUGCAAUAAUCACAUUCAUUUGGGAUUUUCUUUUUGUUCUUGAUUUUGACCGAGCAGAGUAGAUUAGUUUUAUAAUCACAAGCUUUUCCUAAAUUAAGCACGUAUGAAUGAUAAUAAAGCUGAUGAUACUGGUCCAAACUCA